CAGCUUUAUGCUUUCUAUGCUGUGGUCUAUAUUCACCAUGCUGGUCGACUCUGGUUAUUUAUUAUCAGUUUUAUACUGUGCGUUAACCCUUAAACCCUUAACCCUUAACCCUUAAUGCCUCCUGGUGAUGCCUCCUGGUGAAGCUUCCUCGCUAGUUCUGAGCUGAUGCUUGCCACCAAACUCAUGCUAAGUGUUUUACCCCACCAACCGCCAUUUCUUGUUUCCAAAUAGCCAACAUCCCACCACCGACACAUCCUACUCCUUCCGGGCAUUGUGUUGUCUGCAAAGAGCUAUCUGGACAUCCGGCUCUAUCUACCCUUAGCCAGAAAGGCGACCCUUCUUUUAACUCCCUCUGCGAGGACCCUUCAACGUCCCGUUGCCCCUCCUUUUAGCUAUGACGAUGUCGCUCUCAUCACGUGGAAGCGUUUUUCUCAUCCUCUGCCUUGUCCUGGUGCUCUGUCCAGCGCCGGCUCUGGCCUUCGGAGCUGGGAAUAUUCCAGGUAUAUCGACUGUCGAAGGGCAGAACUGGCGUCAUGGCGAUAUCGAGGAUAUGCUCAAGACGGUGGCGUUUCUUAAGGGCCACAAGUGGUCCACUAUGAUGAUUAAGAGGGUGUACUUUGGAAAUUGGCUGCGUGACUACAGUCAAGCUAUCGAUGUUGGCUCCGUGAAGGGGGUCCCUGCUCCCACGAUUCGUAUUCUGAUUUGGAUUCUGAGCUUCUUGUCCUUUGGCUAUGCCACCGGAGAAUUCGAGGUCACUGAGGAGAGGCUCGGUGUCUACCGCCCCGAGGAGCACAUUGACAACCCAAAGGACUAUGCCGACAACGAGGACGCAAGGAAGUACGAUCCUCGUCUCAGGGGGCCCAUCCAGAAAGAGGAGCUCUUGAUCGAUCCUAACACUGGCAUGAAGAAUUACAUCGCUAAUGACCGUGGUGGAUGGGCAACUAGCUCUGGCUACAUCAGAUACAGUGUCACAAGAAGUAUUCAUUUCGGCCGGGUUUACACUAAUGGUGGAGGAGGUUCUAGCGGCAAGGAUGCAGACUUGAGCGAGGCUCUCAGAUGCUUGGGGCAAAGUCUUCACUGUCUUGAGGAUUGGGGCGCUCACACCAACUACUGCGAGCUUGCACUGAUCGAGCUUGGCUUCAAUGAGGUGUUUCCACACGUUGGAAAUGCAACACAGAUCAACCUGAAUGGCAAACGCGUCUACCCCUUGACGACUGGAACGUUUGGUGCCGUAGACUUCUUGCAUUCGAUGCUUGGAGAAGCUACAGACCACUUCACCCAGUCCGAGGUUGAGGAGAUGGACCUAGCUCUCAUGAACGCACAGCUUGCGACCAAGGGCGAGGGAACGCGCGGAUUCUUCGGCUCGGGCUCCAACGGUGGCGAUGAUUUCUUGAACCUGCUGUCCCAGAUUCCAGGCCAAGGAUCAGGAUUAGCAAGCCAAGCUCGAGACCUUCAGGCCCAGUCGCAGGCCCAAGAAUAUGAGAACGAGGCCACCAGAGCCUCUGGAGGCCAGUCAUUCCAAGCACCCCCCGGCUCUACUGGCGGACCUCCCGGCCCUGGGAUCCCAGGAAUGAGCCCGGAUUUCGAUGCCCAGAAGACCAUUGCUCGGAUCUAUCCCAUACUAGAGUUCCGCGACAAGAUCGUCAAGUCCAUCAAUGCUACUAUUGCUAAGAUCCCAGGCCUUGAGAAGCUGGUGGAGACGAUUAGCGAGAAGAUCACGGUGUUUAUCAUGUCUCUCCUUGCACCUUUCAUCAGGCCCAUCAUCGAGAAGGUCUCGAAGGCUCUACAGGAUGGAUCCGGCGCUGUGGUGAAGUCGAGUUCUGACCAGCAAUUCGUCGUAUGGAAUGACCCGACUUCCACUGAUCCAACUCACUCCAUGCUCUCCAAGGACCAUUUCUCCAACUACCUUAACCCCGUAGGAGGACGAGUUGCCACAACAAUUUUGCAAUAUGUUGCUCCCCGCAUCCUCUACGCCUGGGAACACCCCGGCGUCCCCGCCGACGAAGUAAUCAACGACAUCCUCAACGUCUUCCACCACCCUGCCGCGCGCAACGAGCAUCUCGAGAUCCACCGCAACAUGUUCAAUACCGUCAAGAAAUGGGUCGACGAGAACCCGCACCGCAGCAACCUCAACCACAUGCUCGGCUCCGCCUCCGUCAAGUCCGGCGGGAACCACAAGGGCGGUAACCCAGCCGUCCACUCCCACGGCCCGGAUAACUCGCACAGCGGCUUCGGGGGGUACGGUCAGGCUGCUAGCGCGGUGUGGGGUAAAAUCCAAGCGCGUGACCUGGGUGCGAUGCGUGAGAUCGACGACUCCCUAUCCCGUGGCAUCUCGCCCUCGCCCUCGACGCCAGUUGGUGCAUUCGGCUACUCGUCUGCCCCAGGCGCUCCUUCUUACGGCGGCGGCGGGGGUGAACCGUAUCUCGGCGCCCAAUCUGGACCAUCUGGGUACUCAUAUGAUAACGCGGCGCCGCCGUCAAGCUACCAAGCUUCAGGAGGCGGGGGAUAUCAAGCCCAAGACCAGUAUCAGGGCGGUGGUGGCUACGGAGGCGGGUAUGGAGGCGCGCCGCAGCCUUCGUAUGGUGGACCUGGUGGACCGGGUGGGUAUCCGCCUCAGCAGACAGGAGGGUGGGAUCAGAGACUUCCGUCGCAGGGUGGAUGGCAGCAGGGUCCUCCUCCACCACAGCAAGGUGGUUGGCAGCAGGGCCCGCCGCAGCAGCAGGGUGGAUGGCAGCAAGGCCCGCAACCGCCGCAGCAGGGUGGGUGGCAGCAGGGACCGCCUCAGGGACCGCCGCAGGGAGGGUAUCCUGGGCAGGGAUAUCCGGGGCAGGGAGGGGGCUAUCCGGGACAAGGCUAUGGUGGGGGGAGAUAUUAG